AUGAGUACACCCGCCCGGAAUACGCUACAAGUGUUCACAUGCUCACCACAGAGGGCGGACACGACAGCUUUGCGCAGAGGCGAUAACGUGACCAAUGAGGCUUUGCCGAGGCAUCACAAAGUUGAGAUCGAGAUGGAACCAUCGCUAGCUCCACUCGGUGCUCGCUGCUUCUACCUCGAUCCAACAGCUAGUUCUACCGCGCCCAGCUCUCUAACAGCUCAACCGCUUUCGCAACUGCAUCCAAUCUCGCGACGUCAUGACCGUACUAUUGCGAUCGAUCGCUUUAUUAUGUCGUAA